UGCUUGUGGUAUGAAGAAGAAGCAUUCAAAGCCAGGAACAAUGGUAGCAAAACCGUGGCUGCUGCUUACCUGUCUCGCCGCCGCUGCCACCGCCGGAGUACUCCAAGCUCGAGCGCAGCCCGACAGCAUAGGUUUCAUCAGCAUAGACUGUGGCCUCCCGGGGACGGCGGGCUACGUGGACGACACCACCAAGCUGUCGACCGUCCCGGACGCCGGCUUCACGGACACCGGCUCCAACCACAACAUCUCCGCCGAGUACAUCACGCAGGUGCCCUCCAGGCGCUACCACAACGUGCGCAGCUUCCCCGACGGGGCUCGGAACUGCUACACGCUCCGCUCCCUCGUCGCCGGGUUCAAGUACCUCGUCCGCGCCGCGUUCAUAUACGGCAACUACGACGGCCUCGGCCAGCUGCCCAUCUUCGACCUCUACAUCGGCGUCAACUUCUGGGGCAUGGUGAACGUCUCGAGCCCAGAUGGUUAUGAGGUCAUGGAGGCCAUCGUCGUCGUGCCCGACGACUUCGUUCAGGUUUGCUUGGUGAACACCGGCACCGGGACGCCGUUCAUCUCGUUGCUGGACCUGAGGCCUCUCAAGAACUCGCUCUACCCUCAAGCAAACGCGAUGCAGGGCUUGGUUCUUCUCGGCAGGACCAACUUUGGCCCUGGUACAGACGGCGUCAGGUACCCCGACGAUCCACACGACAGAGUAUGGUACCCUUGGAUCGACGCCGCCACCUACGACGUGAUAUCAACGACGGAGAAGGUGCGAAACAUAGACAACGAUCUCUUCGAGGCGCCGUCGAAGGUGAUGCAGACGGCGAUCACGCCUCGCAACGCCACCAGGGGCAUCUACUUCUACUGGGACAGCAAGCCGCAGCCCAAGGACCCGACGCCACAAUACACCGCCGUCAUGCACUUCUCCGAGCUGCAGCUCCUCCCCAACAACUCCGUGCGCGAGUUCUCCAUCCACAUCAACGGCGAGCUGUGGUCCCCGGGCGGCAUCACGCCGGACUACCUCCGCAGCAACGCCGCCUACAGUGAUGUUCCCUUGCCGGCGGGCUCCGCCCGGUACAACGUCACCAUCAACGCCACGGCCAACUCAACGCUGCCGCCUUUCAUCAACGGCGUCGAGGUUUUCUCCAUCAUCUCGACCACCAACGCUGGCACAUACUCCCAGGACGUAUCUGCCAUCACGGCGAUCAAGACGAAGUACCGCGUUCAGAAGAACUGGAGGGGUGACCCGUGUGGUCCCAAGUCUUUUGCGUGGGACGGAUUGACUUGCAGCUAUGGUGUAUCCAUUCCUCCAAAAAUCACCGGCGUGAACAUAUCAUUCAGUGGUUUGGACGGUGAUAUAUCGUCUUCAUUCGCAAAUUUCAAGGCCAUUCGAUAUUUGAAUCUAUCAUAUAACAACUUGACAGGCUCAAUUCCUGAUGUCAUUUCACAGCUACCUUCACUAACAGUUCUAGAUUUGACAGGCAACCAGCUCAGCGGAUCAAUCCCUUCUGGACUUCUCAAAAGAGUUGAAGAAGGCUCCCUAAAUCUACAAUAUGGUAAUAACCCAAACCUUUGCACCGACGCCGAGUCAUGUAAGCCGCCAAAGGGGAAGAGCAAGCAUGCCGUCUACAUUGCAGUCCCUGUAGUUCUGAUUGUGGUUAUAGGACUACUGGCGGCAUUAUUCUUUUGCUUCAUGAGACGGAAAAGGCAAGGAUCAACUACCAACACUGUGAAGCCUCAGAACGAGACGCCGGCGACGCACCCGCAGAGCUCGCUGCAGCUUGAGAACCGUCAAUUCACGUACAGGGAAUUAGAGGUCAUAACGAACAAGUUCGAGCGUGUGCUCGGACAAGGAGGGUUCGGAAAAGUCUACAGUGGCUCUUUGGCGGAUGGUACUCCGGUGGCGGUCAAGCUGCGGUCUCAGACUUCUAAUCAGGGUGUCAAGGAGUUCCUCGCAGAGGCACAGAUCUUAACACGGAUUCAUCACAAGAAUCUCGUGUCCAUGAUUGGCUACUGCAAGGACGGGCACCACAUGGGACUUGUCUACGAGUACAUGUCAGAGGGCACCCUGCAUGAGCAGAUUGCAGGAAACGGCAGUAGUAGAAGAUGCUUAACCUGGACGCAGAGGCUUCGAAUCGCACUCGAAUCAGCACAAGGGCUGGAGUAUUUGCACAGGGGGUGCAAUCCACCUCUCAUUCACAGGGAUGUGAAGGCGACCAACAUCCUGCUAAAUGAAAAACUAGAGGCCAAAAUUGCUGACUUUGGAUUGUCGAAAACUUUUAAUCACGACAGUGGCAUGCAAGUCUCCACAUACUCACUUGUCGGUACACACGGAUACCUUGAUCCAGAAUACUAUGCAACACAAAAGCCGACAACAAAGAGCGACGUAUACAGCUUUGGCGUUGUGCUUCUAGAGCUGGUCACAGGAAAACCGGCCAUCGUGCGUGACCCAGAGCCCACCAACAUAAUCGAUUGGGCGCGCCGGCGCCUGGCACGCGGCAACAUUGAGGGCGUCGUGGACGCACGCAUGCAUGGCAACUACGACGUCAAUAGCGUGUGGAAGGUCACGGACAUCGCGCUCAAGUGCACCAUGCAGGCGUCCUCGCAGCGGCCUUCCAUGACCGAAGUGGUAGGGCAGCUGCAUGAGUGCCUUCAGCUGGAGGAGGUGCACACCGGCGAUGCCGCAACCGGAAGCUUCUACACCGGCACCAGCCGCGACCCGAACUCAGGUUACAACGCGUACGCCGCUGACGGCGCCCAGUCCAUUGGCGCGCACCAGAGCAGCACCACCGCAUUUGAGAUGGAACAUGAUAUUGGGAGGGAGCUAAGAAUGGACACAGGUCCUGUCGCACGAUGAUGUUCUUGCGGUUUUCAAUGGUGUCGUUUACCAAAAAGCUGCUUCGAAUACACAAUGGUUCAGACGUUAUAGUUUUGCUCUAAAGAAAGAAGAAGCGUAUGCAGCUUAAUUUCUUGUCUUUUUUUUCUCUUCUCUGCACAAGACCUUGAAAUACUGGAUAUCCAUAUACCCUUUUUGUAAGUUUGUAUGUGUUCUUCCCACAGCAGGACACAGACAAUCCAGUUUGUAUUGUUAAAAAGAAAUUAUGAGUACUCUUCAUGAAAAAGAGAUUGGUCAUGCUACUUUUUAUUACUCUUCACGAAAAUAAGACUUCUAGACGAUC